AUGUUGAUCACAGAGUCUUUUGCCGAUGUGCAGACCGUUGCCAAUGGCAAAGAGAGCACCAUGCGCAUCUAUGUCUUCCACCCGACCAUUCCAGGCUACCCAAAUGCUCGCUUCCCUGGCGUGGCUCUCUUCAGUGAGAUCUAUCAAGUCACUGGCCCCGUUGCCAGAUUCGCCCGUCAAAUCGCCGGGCAUGGCUACAUCGUAGCCGCCCCAUCCUCCUACCAUGACUUCGUAGGCCCGGAGCCUCUGGCGUAUGAUGCCGCCGACACAGACCGCGGGAAUGACUUCAAGAUCAAGAAGACCCUCGAGUCCUAUGACGCCGACUCAUACAAGACCGUCGACCACCUCCUGAGCCUCCCAACCUGCACGGGACUCAUCGGCUCCACGGGCAUGUGUCUCGGCGGCCACCUCGCCUUCCGCGCAGCACUCGACCCCCGCAUCACCGCCAGCGUGGCCUACUUCGCAACAGACAUCCACUCCCGCACCCUCGGCCCCCACGAGGCCCGCAACACCUCCCCGGACCCUGCCCCCUCCAGCAACCACACCCUCGACCUCAUCCCCCGCCUCGCCCACGCCGAGGUCGCCAUGAUCUUCGGCGUCAAGGACACCCACGUCGACGGGCCCGGCCGCGACCUCAUCCGCUCCAAGCUCCGCGACGCCGGCGUCACCGCCAGCUUCCACGAGUUCGCCUGGGCCCAGCACGCCUUCAUCCGCGACGAGCUCAGCAAGGGCCGCUACGACCCGGCCGUCACCAAGGUCUGCUUCGAGAUCCUGCUCGAGCUCUUCGGCCGCGCCCUCAAGACCGACCUUGGAGCCAAGGACGGCCGGGUCGCUCCUCCCGAGCACGUUUGCUAG